AUGGCGUGUUUAAGUUCUAGUAGGCUCUGUGCUCGUGUUCAGGAUAAGUUUAUGUGUCAAUUCGGGCCUAAAGUUAGAAGGCAGACUGUAUUUGUGAAACUUAAACCUCCCGGACCAACACCAUUGCGGAUAUUUGGAAAGACAUGUCAGCGAGUAACCACAUGUGGGCCGGCAUGUGGGUCCUCCGGGGCGAUUGCGUCAGGUGCGAUGCGACGCCUGGCUUCCAGCAUGCAAAGUACAAGCACGGGCUCCUUGCCAGACUACGGUGCUCAGAUUGUUGACCCCUACCGCCUCCUCGAAGACGAUCUUAACGGAAUAUAUGAAGAUAUACGAUCGGAGUUGGAGCGCAACACAAAUCAACCAGAAUUAAACACCAUUGCUACGUAUUAUUUCGACGGUCAGGGAAAAGCUCUGAGGCCGAUGGUUGCCAUACUUAUGGCAAAAGCUGUCAACUACCAUGUAUAUGGUGAAAACAGUGCACUGCUGCCAUCUCAGCGACAGGUGGCCAUGAUCAGCGAGAUGAUCCACUCAGCCUCGUUGAUCCACGAUGACGUCAUCGAUCAGAGUGACUUCCGCCGCGGUAAACCCUCCGUCAACGUGCUCUGGAAUCACAAGAAGGUUAGUCAAGAUAUCAAUUACGUAAUCACUCACAACAUGCUCCGCCGCUAA